AUGGCCUCCAACGAAGCAGACGCGCCUGCCAUCGAGCACCUCGACGUAGCCGCGAGCCCAGAGACGCCGACGGCAGCCGCGCGCCUGCCCAAGCUGACCCUGAAGCCGCCCGAGGUUCCGCCCCCAGCGCCCGAGGCGAGCCGAGUCGUUCAGCGCCAGACUCCCGACAGCCAUGCGGAUCGCAGCCGGAGCCGAAGCGAGAGUGCGAGCGCUGAGGCGGACGCUGAGCGGCUCGCCACUGGCGAGGGCGACGAGGAGGAGCAGGACGAGCUCGACACGACUCCGCCGCUGCCAAUGCCGCCUUCGCUGUCUUCCAUUCCGCCCGCACCCUCGCUCAUGCACGCCCACGCGUCCGCCUCCUCGACUCCCACGCCGCCCAUAAGCCUCCCGGCAGCGCGCGGUCGCGGCCGAGGCCGGCCGAAGGGUUCACUCAACAAGCGCAAGCGCGAGGGAGCCGCCUCCAGCACCGGCACCGGGCGCGGCGGCAAGGCAAAGGCGGCCGAUGCGGCAGUCGGAGUGAUGAACCUGCCCGCCCCGCCGCGCGCGCCUGAGAUCCCGCCGCCGGCAAGCAGCGACUUGAAGAUCCGAUUCGAGUCCUUCGCCCCCAACCCUCCACCUCCGGACGCCGCAGAGCCGCCGGCGAAGAAGCGGAAGACCAAUAAGGACAAGGCGCCGAAAGCAAAGGCGGGCACCAUCACCAUCCCAGCUCAGGCGCCUCAGACGGGACAGUUCCAGGCAUCCGGCUCGUUCACGCAUAUCCCGCCACCUCCUCAGAUCGACAAUAUCCCGCCUCCACCCGUACAUCGCUAUGUCGACCCGCCGCCUCAACACGCAGGAGCGCCUAAACUUCCCAUCCCCCCUCACCCACCUGCUCCUGCUCAUCACCCUGUGGCGCCUACGCCCCCAAAGCCGCCCAAGCAACCCAAGCAACCCAAAGUCACGAAGCCGCAAGCUAUCGCAGAAGCUACUCCGAACUCGCCCCCUCAAGCGCCUUCGCCUGCUCCGACAUCACCAGCCCUGACCGCUGCGCCCUUGCCUGUACCAGGCGAGGGUGGCCCUUCAGCCGCAGAACUCCUCGAAGGCGUUCCUAUCCCGCGCUAUCCGCUUCCAACGCGCCCGUUCGCCGUUAAGCCGCCCGGCAAACUCUUGGCAAAUACAUGGGCGUCGAAUCCACCACUCGACCGCACUAAACUGCCCGCACGCCGGUGGAGACUUGUUCAGCGCGAGAUCCGUGGCAUAGCCGGCGGACGAUGGUUCGCCAAGUCAUGGGCUGGCGGCGAACGCUCGCCGCUCAAGGGCGAAGGAAUGGGGGCUCUCGGGCUUGUCGUUGAGCCCACUUCGGGGGCGGCACGGCCUUCACUUCCGUUACCUGCUCCCCCCGCCCCGAUGUCGUUUGCCGGGCUACCACCGUUCAAUGGGAUGAGCGGAAGUGCGACGCCUGCAUUCUCGUUACCGCCUACACCAGGCGUGAGCGGAAUGCCGACAGGACUCGCCGCGCUCGCUGCUGCUGGCGCAGCUGCCCAACACCUCGCUGUACCACACGAGAAUGGCAAGAUGGAGGUGGAUGACUGA